UUGGUGUUGCAACUGGAUGGUGCCGUGGCUCCUGUUGUGCUGGCCAUGACAGCGCUGUCGGAGUUAUAAUGAAUGCUUUCUGUAAGUGCUGGGAUGGACCAGGUAGGUUUUUUUUUCUGGCAGAGCCGCGCGGAAUGACAGUCUGCCGUUGCAUCUCCUGGCUCCGCGAUGGUGGCACCUUUGCGCGCAUUCUCGUCUUCCAUCCGGGACAAGGGACACCGGCAGAGAAGUGAGAGGCCAGCGUCGACAUUUGCACAGUUAUCUGUGUCAGAAUAGUCCGACGAAGGGGUAUUGAGAGGUACUGUCAUGGAGAAACAAAGCAGAGUCAAGGAGGAAAUGCCGACGUCGAAGGAGGACAAGCGCAAAGAGAAGAAGGCGAAAUCUGGGAAGCUUUUCCGAAAGAAAUCGCUAAAGUCAGUGGGGAGCUUUAUGAACAGAAUCAUCAAAACUUUGGGCACUUUUGCUCACUUUGGAGCCACUGACGCGCAGGACGCGGAGGACGACGAUGGGGGGUUUAGAAAUGGCGCACCUUGCACCCUCAGCGCCAGCUCAGGAAUAGUAAAAGAUGAUGCGCAGGUGACUUGGGAUCGAGCGGUGAAAACUCCGUCCUGCGCAUCAUCUUCUCUGUGCACCGGCAGGGAGAAACUACUUUGCCAAUAUGGUGAAAAAGUCCCAGGUGUUCUGGGACUGAAAAACCACGGGAACACCUGUUUCAUGAACGCCGUGGUCCAGUGUUUGAGUAACACCGACCUGCUGGCAGAGUAUCUGGGCCUGGAGCGAUACAAGAUGGACCUGAGUCAGAGCAGAGUGAACGGGCUCGUUAAAGGUGAUGAGAGCCGGGUGGUGACGGGAGAAGUCACGGAGCAGUUGGCGUCCCUUGUCAGAGCUCUGUGGACUCUGGAGUACACUCCUCAGCUGUCUGUGGACUUCAAGAAUGUUGUGUCCAAGUAUGGGUCACAGUUUCGUGGUAAUUCCCAACACGAUGCCCUGGAAUUCCUCUUGUGGCUGCUGGAUCGUGUCCAUGAAGAUGUCAUCCUAGCGUCUCACAAUAACAACAACAAGACCAAAGCUCCUGGAAAGGGUCCCGGUGGAGCUGAGGAGGUGUUCUAUCCUGAUCCAAUCCAGUCCCAGCAGCUUAAGGUCCAGCACAGCUUUGUCCAAGAACAUUUCCAGGCACAAUACAAAUGCAAAGGAACAAAGACCAUCGCUGUGGAAAGUUCUCUGCUUCUCACUAAAAGUGACGCAACAAGAUGGAAACCUCUUCUCUGGAUUAGGCCGUCUACGUUCCUGCCGGACCUAAUCAGGAUGACUUUGAGAUCGUCGCUGACAUGCCCCCACUGCCUGAAACAGAGCAACACCUUUGACCCUUUCCUCUGCAUCUCACUACCUAUUCCACUUCGCCAGACCAGGCCGUUGUAUGUGACGCUGGUGUUCAGCACCAAGGGACAGCGGUACCUGCGGGUCGGGCUGGCUGUGCCUCUGUUUGGUUCGGUGGCCUGUCUGAGGAGGAUGGUGGCUGACGAGGGGAAAAUUUCCCCAGACCAGGUAAUCCUAACAGAGGUUUACUCCACGGGGUUCCAGCGUUCCUUCUUUGACGAUGACGAUCUAACGAGUAUAGCUGAGAAUGAUGUCAUCUACGCCUUUCAGGCUCCACCGCUCUACAUCAGAGGAGGCUCUGCUCGGAUCUCAGGGUACCAUCAUAGCCUGCCAUCUUCUCCGUAUUCCACUGGUCCUGAGGGUCAAAGGUUACCUUCAUCUGGGGCAUUAUCGUCCGAGUUCCUCAACCAGGGAGCUCCUCUCAAGAUUCUGCUGCUGGUGUGCAACGCUGCUGGAGCUGGCCAGCAGACCGUGAGGUUUGGACCUCCAUUCCUAAUGAGGGAGGAUCGCUCUAUUUCCUGGGACCAACUGCAACAAAGCAUCCUCAGCAAGCUUUAUUACCUGAUGAUCAAUGGAGCUCAGCCCCAGAAUACAAGAGUGCUUUUCAACAUCCGUGUGGUGGGAGGAUCGGCCUUUUACAGCUACUUGUCACCUCAGGACGGGCGGCCACUCUACCACCCUGCUGUCGACAGAGCUCUGAAGCUCUGCGGCUCAGGAGGACCUCCUCAUGUGAAGCUCAUCAUCGAGUGGGAACACAGAAUCAAAGACUGCCUGUUCGGAAACAUUCAGGAGGAAGUGGUGAAGGAUGCAGAGAGCGUGAGGAAUCUGCUGCAGCAGCACGUCCAGCAGUACAGCUGCACCUUAGACGAGUGCUUCCAACUCUACACCAAAGAGGAGCAGCUCGCCCCAGAUGAUGCCUGGAAGUGCCCACACUGCAAGCAGCUGCAGCAGGGCAUGGUGAAGAUGAGUCUGUGGACCCUGCCCGACAUCCUCAUCCUCCACCUCAAGCGCUUCAGGCAGGUGGGUGAGCGGAGGAACAAGCUCACCACAUUUGUGCACUUCCCCCUGACGGGCUUGGACAUGACUCCUCACAUGGUGAACCGCAACAAUGGGCCCCACCAAGCACCACUGCAGCUGGGCUGGAAACAGCCCAGACGAGCUGACCUGGUUCCCCCUGACUUCCUGUAUGAUCUGUAUGCUGUCUGCAACCACCAUGGAGGAAUGCAUGGUGGGCACUACACAGCCUUUUGUCGGAACUCUGUUGAUGGUCUGUGGUACAGUUAUGACGAUAGCAGCGCAGAGCCGGUCCCAGAGGCGGAAGUGUGCACACGAGGAGCCUACAUUCUCUUCUACCAGAAAAGAAACACCAUCCCACCCUGGUCUGCAAGCUCCUCAGUCACUGGUUCCACCAGCUCCUCCAUCUCUGACCACUGGCUCGUCAGACUAACAGGGGGCAGUAAGAGGGGCAGCCUGGUGUCAGGUGGUCCCAACCCUGCACAUCUGGAGCCCGUGCAGGCUCCAGAGUCUCCUGAGUUGCCAGUUUUUAAAGAUGAAACAACAGAAGCAAGUGGGCCCGGAGCCAACCAGUUUGUUCGAGGUACUCAAGGCAGGAGUUUAAGCAUGAGGUCACCAACUAAGCCCAAGGACGCUCUGAACAAAGUUCUCCCACUGCGGUGGUCAUUUGGGAGUAAAGACCGCGUCAAGCACUCAGUCCAGUUCCAGUCUGGAGAGUUGGUGGAGUAUCUGGAGUCAGGGCGCCGGCCACGAUGCACCAAAGACCCUAUCAUAUCCCUCGUGGCCUCUCCACCACAAAGGAAUGCCCAGGGAAGAGUGCUAGAAGUCGGUCAGGACUGCAGCUCGCCAAGUGGCAGCAGUCUCAGCUGUACAGACAGACUCAGCUCCGACACUUGUAACUCGCCUAAAAUCCCAGAGGGACAGAGUAGAGUCUGCCUGGAUAGAACCAUCAGCCAUGGAUUUGGGAACGGUAGCAAUGCCAAAUUCAGAGAGGAUGAGUUUCUGUGGCAGGGAUUGUCUAAAAGAGCAAGGCCGGAUCAGGGCAGGGCCCUGGACUUUCAGCUGCACAGAGGGGCCAUUCUAGGGGGUCACAUAAGUCACAGUGCACCUCCAAGCAGAGACUCUACACUUAGAAGAAGCAAGGUUCAGACAGGUGGGGCCUCCAGGGGGCAAAAAGAGCUACAAAUGGCUAUUCAAACUGAGGAAAUGAGGGGGCAGAAGGGUGAUGAGGGUCGGUGCCAAGACAGCCUCUUGUCAUAUUUCAAGCCUGCAUUCAUGAAAAAAGAUAUUCCCAGAUCACCAGUCAUGGAGCACGAGAGAAGAAUGAAUGUCCACGGACAGCUGGGGAAACUGCCGAGCAGUAAUUUAGCCAAACUUUCGCUCUCCAACGGGACGCUGACGGCUGUGGCUUUAGAGGAGAAGAGGGGCAGCGUCAUCCACAGCUGCGACAGCCAUAACUGCCGAGCACAUCUGCUCAACGGCAGAGCUAGGAAUCAUGAUCCCACCGACAUCAAGCGCGCUCACAGCUCCAGCAACAUCCAGACUAAGCUGGACUUGACAUUUCGCAGGUGCGCCUCCCUGCAGAGGAACGGAGACGUUGCGGUGCCUCCAUCCCAUCGCGUCCUGCUGUCAGACAAGCCCGGCUACGCCACUCUGCAGAGGACACGAUACAGUACCACCUCACUGGUGCCUAUGUGACAGCCCAGAAUGACAACAAAACAAGGACUGAAAACAAGAUCCUCUCUACUAGUUUCCAUCCAGAGAAGCAUCCCACCCCCUACCAUCCCUCCUCACAACAGGAGAUGUCACCUGAAACAAAAUACAUCUUCUCUCUCCCUUUCAGAGUACUUUUAUACAUUUUUACCUGUGUGUGUCUUAAACUAAAUCUAUGCAGACUUAUAGACAUAGAGGGGAAAAUACUACUGUAAUGGGAUUUGUUUCCUCCUUAUUUUGUUCUCACAAUUUUGUCUACUGUUACUUCAUUGGAUGUGUUUGAAUUUAUGAUCACCCUUUGGAAAAUCAAAGAUUAUUUGAUGAAUUUGCAUGUUCAGAAUUUAUUACACAAACCUAAAUAACCUAAAUAACUUUGAUGUUGGUUUAUGUGGUUUGUAUUGACGGAUUUGAAGAACAUAGAACUGCAAAAAAUACUAACUGCACUGUAAAUUGGCUGCUGUGUGAACAUCAUUUCUUUGCUUUAUUUUGUUUUUAGUAGAUUAAUAUAUUAUUAUAUUAUAUUAUUGGUGCACUUUCUUUUUUAAAACUCUUUAAUAAUUUUACUAGGUGAAAAGAACAUCCAUGCAAUGUCAAAAGAAUAAUGUCCAACAAAAUUGGACUAAACUGAUCUCCUAAACUUAGCACAAAAGGUAAUGAAAUUUAAAUUUGGUCGUUUAUUUCUCCCCUUUAAUGAUACCAUUUGGUGUUGUAUUGUUCAUCAUUGGAAAGCAUGAGUAGUCACCUUUACAACAAGGUAUAACUUGUGAGGAUUGUGCUUCGGUGGAAUGAGUAACUCAGGUAAAUUUGUGGGUAGUGACCCCUAAAAAUGUGUCAAAAUACCCUACAAUAGUCUCCUGUUGGUAUUCUUUCUUGUUUUAAGUUUUGGGUGGAUUGGAUGACUGCCCUUUCCCACACUUAUAAGAAAAAAAACAACACAUAUUGGCCUUUUUUACACUUAAGUGUCAGGGAUCUCAAUAACUCCUCAUCCUGGUCACCAGCCUGGUCACAUUUUGCUAUGGGAUGGCAUCCCACUCCACAACCAGGAGUUGUUGAAGGUCAACCAGCGUGGUUGUGUUGGUCACUGUAGCACGAACAGCUAAUCCCACAAAUGUUCUCUUGGGUUUGAGGUCUGGCCUCAUUGGAGGUCAUUCCAUCCUCAUACUCUGUGAUGAUCCUGGCUCUGUGGGGUAGAUCAUCCUAGAGGAUGGAGUUAAGUCCCAGAUUCUGGAUAUGUGGGAUCACCACUGGCUCCAGAAUCUCAUUUCAGUAUGUCUAUCUGUCACCCUGCUGCCGAUCAGGUGCCAGUUAUACAUCUGUGACUAACACACACCUGGCAGCACUUGAAGCUCAAAACAAAAGUGAAUGCCAACAAUAGCAGACCUGUGCAGAGCUCGCUGAGAUCUAUUUCAUUUGAAUUAGGUGUGUUGCAGCAGGGGAAACAUCUAAUACCUGCAGGACAGUGGGCCUUGAGGACCAAGGUUGAGGACCACUGCUGUAGAUUAUAAAUAUUAUAAGGGAUAUUUUUAAAGAUUUUCAAAUUAUGACGUGAAAAAUUAAACAAUUCUUCCCUCAAAAUGAGCAGGCUCUAUGAUCAGGUUUUGGUAGAAUUUCUACUACAUCAGAAACCAGAAAAUUGAAUAUUAAAACACACACACACUCAGUAAUAUUUCUAAUUAUGAAUAAAGAUAUAAGUCAGCUAUUAGCCAAUGGAUUCCUGGAUUGCUUGCAGACCAAUAAAUGACUAAUGUGAUAUUCCAACUCCUGCUGCUCUGUUAUGUGAGGAUGUUUUCACCUAAUAAAAUACAGCAUUAAUCAGGACUGGAUACAAAAAGCCAGCUCUCUUUUCAUUUGGGAUUUAUAAGGGUAUUUACACUGUGUGCACAAAGGUAAUCUGCCUCUGCACCAUAAAAUUCUCAUAACUUACAGUGAAGAAGGCCCAGAUACACUCAGCAGUGGAUCUUCCUGCUGCAUAUGUAAUGAUUAUUUAAUUCACUCUUUGGUCAUAAUCACAGUUUCUACGCAUGUCUGCAUUUUCCACCGAAGAAGGAAGAGGCAUGAAAACCUCAAGGGAACAUAAACUUCUUUUUCUUCAUUCAAACUUGAUGAAUUAUCAACUUUGAUAUUUUACAUGCUCAUUUUGUGAACUUAUGCAUUGCUAAUUUAUCUCUAAGGAUUGUUGGUGAGCGUGUGCAUUGGUUGCCAACACUGUAUGCAUCUUCACCUCUUUGUGUUUUCAUUUUCUCAUGUCAGUUUAACAACACUACCAAAAGUAAAUCAUAGUAUAUGCGUCUAAGACAUUAUUGGGAAGAUAUGGUUAGAUUAUAUUUUAGUAACUUUUUUAAAAGUCUACAUUUUGUAUCUGAUGUGUAAUAAUGUAAUUUAAAUGCCAGAUAAAAACUGUAUGUAGUGUUUAAAGUGAGAAUGAUAUGGCAAACUGGGCUUGAAUUGGACACAACACACUAAAUUCUUACAUUGGACUGUCUAUAAUGUCUGCUUAAUCUCCUGCAAGUUCCAACGAUUGCAAAUUAAACACUUUUCUCACAAAUGA